CAAUGACACCAGUGAUUGCAGCACCUUCCAUGGCUCUAACAGGACAAAUGGUAACCCUCAACUGCUCAAGUGACUCUCAUCCACCCAGUCACAUAAGCUGGUACUUCAACGGAUCCCUGCAGACUACCACCUCAGAACUAGUGAUUGGACCUCUGACCUUCAAUAUGAGCGGGCAGUACAGAUGCAUGGCCCACAACAACAUCACCGGCAAAAACAGCUCAGCUGACACAAUGCUCACAAUUUUGGCUCCAGUGACUAUGGCAUCAAUAAAGAUUGUUGGAGCUCUGCCAAUCAUGAACCACACUUUCACUCUGACCUGUGAGACAGCUGGAAGUGUGCAUUAUAUUGGCUGGAUGUAUAAUUUGUCCCAACUGCAUUCUGAUAACACAAAAAACAUCUCAAUGGACAACGCAACCCUCACCUUUAAUCCUGUCACGAACGCUGACAAUGGGGACUAUAGAUGUGAGGCAAACAACGCACUCAGCCACUUUGUCGGCCCCAUCUUCUCGCUGGAGGUUUUCUCGUGA